AGUGCACAGCCCUGAGACAACCGGAAACGGCAACACUGUGGAAUUGACUGCAAUUGGCUUGAUGGCGGGUAAGGCGUGAUCGGCGCAGCCCAGCCAUCAUGACCGAAUGCUUCCUGCCGCCCAGCAGCAGCCCCGCCGAGCAGCGGCGGGCGGAGCACCCGGGUGGCGUGGCGCGCACCCCCAGCUCCGAGGAGAUCAGCCCGACCAAGUUUCCCGGGUUGUACCGCACAGGUGACCCGUCGUCGCCACAUGAUGGCCUCCACCACGAGGCGCCCGACGCCUAUGUGUCAGACGAUGACAAAGAGCACAGCAAGAAGAAGAACAAGUUCAAGAAGAAGGAGAAGCGCACGGAAGGAUACGCCGCCUUCCAGGAGGACAGCUCAGCCGAUGAGGCCGAAAGUCCGUCCAAGAUGAAGCGCUCCAAAGGCAUCCACGUGUUCAAGAAGCCCAGCUUCUCCAAGAAGAAGGAGAAGGACUUCAAGGUGAAGGAGAAGGGCCCCAAGGAGGCCAAGGACAAGAAGUCCAAGGACCUCACGGCCGCCGACGUGGUCAAGCAGUGGAAGGAAAAGAAAAAGAAGAAGAAGCCCACAGCUACCGCCGCCCCCACCGCCGAUGUGGAGAUGCUGCCAGCGGAGAUGCCCGCAUUCAGGCCAAUCUUCGGUGCCCCCCUGGCGGAGGCGGUGAAGCGGACUGCGCUAUACGAUGGUAUCCAACUGCCCGCAGUCUUCAGGGAGUGUGUCGACUACAUCGAGAAUUACGGCAUGAAGUGUGAGGGCAUCUACCGCGUUUCAGGUAUGAAGUCCAAAGUGGAUGAGCUCAAGGCGGCGUAUGACCGAGAGGAGUGCCCGUGCCUGGAGGAGUACGACCCUCACACGGUGGCCAGCCUCCUCAAGCAGUACCUGCGCGAGCUGCCCGACAACCUGCUGGGCCGAGACCUGGCGCAGCGCUUCGAGGACGCGUGCGGCCGGCAAGCGGACGCCGACAAGGUGAGCGAGUUCCAGCGGCUGCUGGCCGAGGCGCCGCCCGAGAGCUGCCUCCUGCUGGGCUGGCUGGUCACCCACAUGGACCACGUCAUCGCCAGGGAGGCCGACACCAAGAUGAACAUCCAGAACAUCUCCAUUGUCCUCAACCCCACCAUACAGAUCGGAAACCGGGUCCUCUACAUUUUCUUCACACACGUAAAGGAUCUGUUCGGCGACGUGGUCCUGAGGCAGGUGGUGCGUCCCCUCCGCUGGUCCAACAUGGCCACCAUGCCGGCGCUACCCGAGACCCAGGACAGCAUCAAAGAGGAGAUCAGACGACAGGAGUUCUUGCUCAACUGCCUGCACAGGGACCUGCAGGCCGGUGUGAAGGAUUUGUCCAAAGAGGAGCGCUUGUGGGAGGUCCAGAGAAUCCUCACCGCUCUCAAGCGCAAGCUGAGGGAGGCCAAGCGACAAGAGUGCGAGACCAAGAUUGCGCAGGAGAUUGCCAGCCUGUCCAAGGAGGAUGUUUCCAAAGAAGAGAUGACUGAGAACGAAGAGGAAGUGGUUAACCUCUUACUGGCUCAGGAAAAUGAGAUCCUGACAGAGCAAGAGGAGUUGAUCUCUCUGGAACAAGUAUUGCGCCGACAGAUUGCCGCCGAGAAGGAGGAGAUCGAGAGGCUGCGGGCGGAGAUCGCAGACAUCCAGAGUCGUCAGCAGGGCCGCAGCGAAACCGAGGAGUAUUCGUCAGAGAGUGAGAGCGAGAGUGAGGACGAGGAGGAGCUGCAGAUGAUCCUAGAGGACCUUCAGAAGCAAAACGAGGAGCUGGAGAACAAGAACACCCACCUGAACCAGGCCAUCCAUGAGGAGCAGGAGGCUAUCUUGGAGCUGCGUGUCCAGCUGCGCCUGCUGCAGAACCACAAGUUGCAGCAUGAGCUCACCGCGCAGCCGGCGCCCCCGGCGCCCCCUCCACCACCACCACCACCACCACCAGCCGAGCAAGCCGUGCCCACGCAGCCCAGCCCGGAGGCCCGAGGUGGGGGCGAGGAGCAGGCCAAGGUCACGGACAGCAGCAGCAGCAGCGCCGCCUCUGCCUCAGUCACGGCGCCCGUCGGAAAGACAGUCAAGGAUCCUCCCAAACCGUCACUGAGCAAAGAAAGGCGGGAUGGCAACAUGUGAGGCAAAGAUAAAAGAAAGGCGUUCCUUUGUUUAAAAAAAAUAUUUUUUUUACAUCAUUGCCUCAUCUUACGGUGACAUUGACUAAAUAAUUACAGAUCUAAAAAGUCCUCGUGGUGGCCUUUAAUAUGAUGUGUGUGUCAAAAAGUUUUUUUUGCAAAUUGAUUUUUGACCCGGCAUUGACAUUUUCAAGAAAAAAAAAAAAUAAUUUGUCAUUGUUUCAUCAUGCGACAACAUUGACUAAAUUUAUAAUAAAAAGUACAGACCUGGAAAGUCCUUGUAGAGGCCUUUAAUAUGACGUGUGAGUCGAUGAUGAUGCAAAUUUAUUUUUGGCUUGCCUGGUAGUUAAUUUUGACACUUCAUCUUAAGGCAACAUAUUGACUAAAUAAUUACAGAUCUGGAAUGUGUUCAGAAAGGCCUUUAAUAUGGCAUGAGUUGAUGAGGUUUGCGGAGAAUUUGUUUUGACAAGGUUAUUGAUAAACGUUGCCAUUUUCAAGCAAAAUAUUUUGCUUUUUUUUUUUUUCCAUCAUUCUGCUUAUUGGAAGCAUUCUCGCUAAUUAAUUACAGAGCUGGAAAGGGCUUGCUCAGUCCUUUAAUAUGAUGUUUGAGUCUGACCUAUGUUGCAAAUUGAUUUUUGACUUGGUUAGUCAUUUUCAAGCCGAAAAAUAUUUUCAUCAUGCUUUUGUCUUACGGUGACAUAUUGACUUAAUAAUUACAAAUCUGGAAGGCCUUCGUUGAUGCGUUUAAUUUGACGUGUGAGUCGUUGACGCAUAUUUUUUAAAAUCAUUUCAUCUUAUGACAUACUGACUAAAUAAUUACAGAUCUGGAAAGCACUUGUCAAGACCUUGAGUUGAUAGGGUUUUAAUUGGUUUCGAACCUGUGGUCUGUGAGCAAUAUUUGUCCGUCUGUGCAACUCUGAUGAUAAUGAAACCACAAAGCCCACAAAUACUUAUGUAUAAUAAUGUAUUCAGUCAUCAUAUAUUUUCAUAAAUUCAUGUCGACAUUACACUGUGCCAAAAUGAAGACUGGUUGAACAAAAAAAUAAAUAAAAAAAUCCUCUUUGAAUACGUACGAUGGCUUUAAAUAUUUAAAUUGUAUACUUGGAUUUCAAUGAAGUGUUCUCGUAAUAUAUAAAUUAUGUACAAAUAUAUUGUCGAUAACGAACGGCAGGAAGGAGUGUUACUGUCCAAUCAUCUCCAUGGUAAUUGUGAUGAUUUCUCAUGUUUUAUUUUUUUUAUUUUUAUUAAACUCUCCUUUUCUCUUAUGGCUAUUAGUUGCAGACAUGGGUGUGAUCUUUCACAUUUCAUGCUCACCCCCCCAUGUUGUUAUUUUUUUUUAAAUGUACGCAUUAAUUGAUUUAUGCUUCUAGUCUCAUGAUCUAACAUGUUAUUAAUAACCCUGUGACUGAAACACUUAUAUGCUGUGAGGAAUAAAGUGAGUGUCCGUUUUGA